AUGAUUUGGGUACUUUUCGAAAAUGAUGCUAGUCCUAAACUGCCUGUAAUUGAAGACGGGGCUUUUGAUGACAUCGCUGACAAUUUGACAUUUCUGUACGUGAAUGACUAUCGGUUUUGCUGUUUCUUCGGUGCAACUAUUCAAGAAAAUUGCCGUGAGUGGUUUGAUAUUCCCGAGUUGUUUAGCUGCAGCCAGCUCGUACCUAACUACGUCUUGAAAGUCUUCAUGUGGAUCUUAGGUAUCAGUGCAGUAGUUGGCAAUAUCCUUGUCAUGGUUUGGAGGUGUCGUGAAAAGGUAGCAAGCCGUGCUAGUUUAAUGAUAAAUUCUUUUCUAGUGUUCAAUUUGGCAUCUGCCGAUGCACUGAUGGGGCUGUACAUGUUGAUUAUAGCGGGAGCUGAUGCAUUUUACGGUUCUCGUUAUUUUGAGGUGUCGGGGGAGUGGCGGGCCAGUGCUGCUUGCAAAGUGGCUGGUUUCAUUUCCAUGAUAGCCAAUGAGACAUCAGUGUUCUUCCUUGUCUUCAUCAGCAUCGCUCGAUUCAUGUUUGUCGUUUUCCCGUUUGUCAGUAAUCGCCAUCUCAGCUUUAAGGUUGUUAAGGUUGCUGGUUGCAUCAUUUGGCUAGUAACGGUCAUAAUUGCCGUGGUAUCCACUGUAUUGUCUUUGGAUGAGGAGUCUAGCGCCUACGGUCUCUCUGAUGUCUGCAUCGGUUUGCCUCUGACGACUAGAGUGACUGGUUUUGAGAUAAAACAACAACGUAUUGACGUUGGUGGAAUUGGUGAGGUGACAUACAGCAGACCAGUUCCUACCAGCACUUCGGCUACCUGGGUGUUUUCCAUCGUCUUAUUUCUAGGUGUCAACCUCUUCUCUUUCUGCGUCAUCCUUGCCUGUUACAUCUCCAUCUUCGUCAAGGUAAAAGUGGCAUCCAGUCGAGUGCGCAGCCGCAGUGCACGGGAUGAGAGCGAGGUUCGUAUGGCAGUCAAGAUGGCGGCGAUUGUCUUGACUGAUUUCUUGUGUUGGAUCCCUGUCAUUAUCAUGGGUAUUCUCUUCCAAGCCGGUGUUGUGAAGAAUAACCCUGAAAUCUUUGUCUGGAGCGUUGUUUUCAUUCUUCCAAUCAAUUCCUCCAUCAAUCCAUAUCUCUAUACAUUCCUGGAUAUUUGUAUCAAGCAAAAUCGAGAGCAGAAAGUAUCAAAGAUCGCCAAGAAGGAAGAAAUAGAAGCAAAGCUUUGCCCUCGAAUAAAACAACCACAACCACAAAUGAAUGACUAAAUAUAUGGAAAAUUUAUAUCUAGAAAAGAGAGCGCCAG